GGCAGUGGGCGGGCCCGGGCGGCUCCUCCCGGCGGCGGCGGCGAAGAUGGCAGAUUUUUUGAAGGGGUUACCAGUCUACAACAAAAGCAACUUCAGCAGAUUCCAUGCGGAUUCCGUGUGUAAAGCAUCCAACAGACGCCCAUCAGUUUAUCUGCCCACGAGAGAAUUUCCCUCUGAACAAAUCAUAGUAACAGAAAAGACAAAUAUCCUCUUGCGUUAUUUACACCAGCAGUGGGACAAAAAGAAUGCGGCGAAGAAGCGAGACCAGGAGCAGGUGGAGAUCGAGGGGGAGAACUCGGCGCCUCCGCGGAAAAUCGCUCGGACAGACAGCCAGGACAUGAACGAGGACACUUAGAGCGAGCCUGGGCUCUCCCUCCGCUCCUUCCAGCGCUUCCCGCUCUGUCUCCACGUGUGUAAAUUUGGCCCCUCUCCCCCCUUCCUUUUAUCCCCCCUCCCCACGGCGCAGCCCAAACCACUUCUGACUCCACGGGAGCCAAUGUAUUUAUUUUGGGUUUUUUUCUUCCCCUCUCCCUCCUCCUCCUCCUCCAGUUGUUUUUUUUUUUGGUUUUGUUUUUUUUAUUUAUGCCCCCCCAGCUCCCGGAGCAGCGGUGGGACCGGGCAGUCCACGCAGCAGAACCUUAGUCCCCUCCUUCCCAAAAAAUACCACGUUGUCACUUUUGAGUGGGUCGGUGGGAUCUGCUCCCUGCGACCUCCCGGGGCCGUCCCCUCACCGCUGACGUAUUCCAAGGGGCUCACUCCUCUGGGUGUUCCCCAUCCAGCCAUAACUGUGGGGACGUUUUUUUUUUAUUUUCCCUCAAAUAUUCCAAACCAGUCCCGGAUGCCGCUGAGGGGGGGUGUUGACGGGAGCAGAUUCCUUGGCAGCUCCAUCCCGGCCGUGUUCCCGGGCCUGGCCCACGAGCCUCCUCCCGUGGCGCUGCAGGGCUGCGGUGAAAGGUGUGUUGCUUUUGUCGCUCUCAAAUUCCCACCUCCUGCCGGGCUGGAGUGGCCUGAUCCCCGCGAUUUCUCCGCUGGAAUAAAAGGAUCCUCCCAUCCCGCUCCGGCCGCGUGUCCCGGCAGAGGCCGAGGGGAUGGACGGGGGUCGGCACCGCUGGAUCUGCUCCGGGAGCACCUCGGCACCUGCUUCCCUGCCUCAUCCCUCGGCUCUGGAGAAUGGUACAGUGGCUUUUCCUGCCAGGAAUGCAGGACGUGGAGUGGAUCAAACGUGAGCUUCCAUGGUCUGUGCUGACGACCAAUCCCUUCGGACUGUGACAGUUCAGUGCCUGUCGCCUGUAACCCUUCCCUGGCUCUGAGAGGAGCCGAAACGGAGACCUGUCAGUCAUCCCGGUGGAUCCAGAGGUCCAGGACUCGUGGAGAGGAGCGUCGUCACCGGGAGGGGCCAGGAAAGGAGUAGCUUAGUCACGAUGUCGUGUGUGCUUUGCCCCGAGGAGCUGAUCCCCACUGUGGUCGCUGAGAUCGUGGCGUUCGUAGCUGUGUUUUUUUCCUCGUCGACAAACCCCCGACACCAGGGAACCACACGGAUGUUUUUUUUUCCCGGAGAUCCUGGAGAGCCUGGCUCCGAGGGGCUUUGAGGGUUCCUGCUGGCCCUGUCCCCCCCCACCCCUGCCCGUCCCAGGGGUGCCACACAUCCCCUCCGGGGGCGCAGGGACGGGGCGGAAGCAGAACCUUAGGAAGAGCAGGACGCGGCUCCCGCUGGAAUUUUAAACGUCCCUUUAGGCACCGGGAUUGUGAAUGAGUUCGACACCGAGUAGUUUAGAACCCUGGACCUGCCUCAGAAAACGUCCCCUUCCUGCUGUGGCGGCCCCUUCCCACCCCCUGGAGCCACCUGGGACGCGCCGGGGCGAAGAUCCAGAGGGCCAUUCCCGGGGUCUCCGCGUGGGGAAGAGGAUUCCUGCCGGGGCUCCCGCCCUCCGGACGCGCCGUGAGACACCGGGAUGACCCAGAGCCGGAUGUGAGGAGUCCUUGGAGGAGCUCCAAGGCCCCGAGGGAGGGCAGGAGGAGGCGGCUGGAGCCGGAGCGUGCGCAGGGCCGGGGCUGUUCCGCGCUGUAUCCGGGCUGUGCCGGCGGCCCCGCCACGUACCAUUAAAGAGUUGGCAGUUCCUUCCUGGCCUAAACCCCCGUUGUGUUCCCUCUGUGUCCUUGAGAAGGGUGCUGGGAGCCUUGGGAAUGUCGCAGGUGGUUUUAGCAGGUGAAAGUUGCCUUUCCCGAGUGGUUUGGGAGCGAUGGAGAAACGGGGACCAAAUGACCCCAGGGCCAAAGUGGUUUGGGGGUUCUGGUGUUGGUGCACGAGCAGGAGGGUGUUUGGGAUCCCUGCAGUCUGUCCUCCUGCCAUCCAUGGAUUUGGGAUCCCUGCAGUCUGUCCUCCUGCCAUCCAUGGAUUUGGGAUCCCUGCAGUGUCAUCCUCCCAGCCAUGGAUUUGGGAUCCCUGCAGUCUGUCCUCAUCCCAGCCAUGGAUUCCAUGAAUUUGUGAUUCCCAGUCUGUCCUCCUCCCAUCCCUGAAUUUGGGAUCCCUGCAGUCUGUCCUCAUCCUUGCCAUGGAUUCUAUGGAUUUGUGAUUCCCAGUCUGUCCUCCUCCCAUCCCUGGGUUUGGGAUCCCUGCAGCCUGUCCUCAUUCCAUCCAUGGAUUUAGGAUCCCUGCAGCCUGUCCUUAUCCCAUCUGUGAUUUGGGAUCCCUGCAGCCUGUCCUCCUAGUGUCCAUGGGUUUGGGAUCCCUGCAGCCUGUCCUCAUCCCAUCUAUGAUUUGGGAUCCCCACAGUCUGUCCUCAACCCAUCCAUGAAUUUGAGAUCCCUGCAGCCUGUCUUCAUCGCAUCCAUGGAUUUGGGAUCCCCCUGGUCUGUCCUCCUCCCAUCCCUGGAUUUGGGAUCCCUGCAGUCUGUCCUUAUCCCAUCCCUGGAUUUGGGAUCCCUGCAACCUGUCCUUAUCCCAUCCCUGGAUUUGGGAUCCCUGCAGUCUGUCUUCAUCCUUGCCAUGGAUUCUAUGGAUUUGUGAUUCCCAGUCUGUCCUCAUUCCAUCCAUGGAUUUAGGAUCCCUGCAGUCUGUCCUUAUCCCAUCCCUGGAUUUGGGAUCCCUGCAGUCUGUCCUCCUCCAUCCUCUCUGCACCCAGCACUCCCUUCCUCCUCCUCCAGCUCAUUCCAGGUUUUUUUCCUGGCCCCUCUCCCCCCCUGCCCUCUGAUCCCGUGUUCCCAUGGUGAGUGUCUGGGCUUGGAAUGUUCCAUGGAAGAUCUUUGCCUAACUGUGACUUCCUGGUGCCUUAGUGCAUUGAAACAACGAAAAACCCUUAAAAAAACCACCAAGCCUGGGAUUUUUGCCCACCUUGUUUGUACAAUUCCCGGCUCCUCCGACUUCUCCUCCUGUUCCCGGGAUCUCGUGACCCUCCGGGGGUUUUCUAUGUCUGCACAGUGGGAUUUUUAUUGUUUCUGUUACCAAUUGUUUACUAAAAUCUGGCUUUUUUUAAUGAAAACUCGAGCUACUUGUCCGA